AUGUUUAAACAAAAGACAUCCCCAGCAGAACAAACACAGACGACACCUUCUAUUCAUCGGAAGAUUACGUUAUCUAUCGACACGGAUUCAUUCGUAUUGACAGGUGGUAAUGACAUCGUGGGAAUUGAUUUAGACACCGGAAAUCUAUCCGUCAAAGAUGACUAUAUGCCAACAUCUACCACAAGGCAUUAUGAAAUUUACGGGAUAAUCGGAUUCAUUAAGCUGCUAAGCAACGACUAUAUUAUAGUCGUCACUAAUCGCAGGCCUCUUGGUCAGAUUCAAGGGAAGACUAUUUACGCCAUCACGAGAAUUGCCGUCGUUCCAUUCGAAUAUGAAGAAGCCUGCCGUGUUUUAGACCGUCGUGUUGUCAGAGAGAUUGAAGAUUUGUCUUCAACAACCGAUAGCCUCUCGAUCCCUAUUCCGUCCCACGGCCGUGUUACAUCUGAAGACGUUGACCCUGCAACAACAAUGAUAUCAGAGAGAGAACUAUCAUCCACUCCGGAAUCAACGACUCCAAUUAGUCAAUCACUUCCCACAGAAACUAGUAUCACCGAAACUAACGUUACCUCAACGGACUCUACGACUUUCGUGCAAUCUUCAAGACCUUCUAGAAUGGAAUCGUUUAGACAGCCUGUGAAUUCAUUGUUUGCGAAAGUGAAAUCGGCCUUCACCAAGAGACCUUCAUCGGUUGCAUCUGACACAUCCGACGAUGCUGAGAAAGAUAUCGAGUUCGAGAGUGUAACGAUAUCGGAAACUGUUGUAUUCCGUCAAGUCACCCCUGAGGGUGAAUGUAGGGAGGACGAGAAUGACGAAAAAGAGGAUGAGAAUGAUAAAAAGGGGUUUGGGGCUGCUGCUAAGAGAUUAACAGUAAUGGCUUGGGAUGGGCUAAAAAACGAGGUUGUCGGUGUACGGGACGUUGUCGCUUUAAACAACGUAACGGAUUUUAAGAUAUUGGAUGAACGCAUAAUAAAAGAGAUCGUGUUAUUGUUCCGAGGAGAGUCCUUUUACUUUUCAUAUGACUAUGAUCUCACAACAUCCUUACAACAGAAGGAAGACAAAUUGGCAGCAUGCGAGAAUAUUCCACUAUGGAAACAAAUGACAAAGCAGUUCUGGUGGAACGAAUCAAUGUUACAGUGUCUGAUUGACAUGGAGCUUCACUCAUGGAUUUUGCCCAUAAUGCAAGGCUAUGUACAAAUUGAAUCGUGCGAAAUAGAAGAUCUGCCCUUUUAUUUGAUUUUGAUUUCUCGGCGAAGCAGAGAACGCGCAGGAUUAAGAUAUCAAAGACGCGGAAUAAACGAACAGGGACACGUGGCCAACUUUGUCGAAACAGAGCAGAUUCUUUUGGCAACAAUAGAUAAUGUACCGAAUGUUGUUUCGUUUUUACAAGCGAGGGGUUCAAUGCCAUUAUUCUGGUCACAAUCUCCAUAUGGCUUAAAGCCUAAACCGGUAUUGGAGCGUAAACCAAAGGACAAUGAAUUAGCAAUCGCUGCACAUUUUCGUCAAUUGAUUGAACAAUACGGACAUAUCGUUUGUAUUAGUUUAACCGAGUCAACUGGUCGUGAGCAGAUAAUUGGUAGUGCCUAUCAAGAGGCAGUUGCAAAUUUAAACAAUGAUAAUAUUGGAUACGUAGAAUUUGAUUUCCAUAGAGAAUGUAGAGGGAUGAAGUAUGAAAACAUUUCAAACCUGAUUGUCCAAUUGGAGAGUGAGUUUUCGGCGAUGGGAUAUUUCUGGAAAGCUGAAGGGUCUCCAGUACACUGCCGUCAGACUGGAAUAUUUCGCACCAAUUGUAUGGAUUGCUUAGACAGAACAAACGUAGUACAGAGUGCACUCGCACGUCACAUUCUUGUUCUUCAACUCCUUCGGUUUGGACUACCAGAAAUACUAGACAAUGGAGUGUCGCACUAUGACGCAUUUGAAAAUAGUUUCAAUGAUGGUAAUGAUGUAUGGGCAAAUAACGGGGAUUCAAUCAGCAGGGAGUAUGCAGGAACUAGUGCACUGAAGAGCGAUUUCACAAGGACGGGUAAGCCGCAUUUUGAUGAUUUUACUGGAAUGGUCAACGAUGCAUCAAACUCGCUAGCCCGGAUGUAUCAGAAUACGUUUAGAGACUUUUUCCGUCAGGCAACUAUUGACUACCUUCUUGGACAUCGAACUGUAGAAGUAUUUGAAGAAUUGCAGAGACGUUUUGAAACGUCUGAACCAGGCGAAGAGGAUCGCUGGGCUAAGAUUAGAGCAACAGCAAUUGAAAUAAGUAGUUCCAUAGUAAUUUAUGACAAUGAGGUUAAAUCAAAUGGAUGGACUUUUCUAUCGCCGUCCGAGCCAAACGCCAAGCGGAGUAAAUCAUAUGAAGAGAAGGUUUUAUUGCUAACAAAUAAAGCACUGUAUAUCUGUACUUAUCACUAUGGCCUUGAGAAGAUUGUCCAAUUUGUCAGAAUUGGAUUAGGAGAGAUUCAAGGCAUAGUCAAGGGGGAAUACAUUUUAACAACUUUAUAUACAUCAUGCACAACCGUCGAUGAUAAUUAUGGACUCAUGAUUUAUUACUGUGCGGCUGGUGAAUCCACGCGUCUUAAUUCUGGAAGCAUAAGAAAUAAUGCUGACCAUCACACGGAAAACGAUGAGGAAGAGACAAAGUUUGUAGCGUUUAAAGCAUUCCGGAGUAAUAUCGUUGGGGAAGCUACCAAGUUCGAUAGUGGAGCUAGCGGCGAUCAUAUAGCAGGCACGCAGACCGCAAAACAGGUUGUCAACGAAGUUGUGAGCGAGAUUGUAGCCGCCUGUCAAGCGAUCGGAAACCAUAAGGAAUCCUUCGUGGUUGAACAGCCAAUCAUAAGUUUUAUUGAAGCUAAUAAGAAUACAGGCAUAAUGACGAAAGUUGGAUUCCAGGUCAAGCGGGCACUGUGGCUAUAG